GAAAAUACAUGCAAAUAAGCACGCUUUUCGGUUCGCUAGGGACGGGUAGACAAACAAAAUUGGACCCCGGUGGAAGCUAGGCUACAAUUCGAUGUUGUCCGGAGACAGAAAUCAAGUGAUCCCACGCAGUGAGAAAGUGGAUAAUCAGCACAGUAUGCUGGAGCCAAAGGCAGGGAUGGGACCGGGUAAAAGACAGUCAGCCACAAGAAAAAGAAAGGCCCAGAAUAGCUCUACAAAUGAAGAAUCUGUGGAAGAGCAAAAAGGCUACAGCACAAGCACAAAAUCCAAGACCCAGAAAACAUCCACCCCAGAGGCAAAAUGUCCCAGGAAAGCAAAAGGUCACGUUAUCGAAGGUGCUGAGCACCUGUAUCGCACCCACAUCUGCUCAGAGUGCCGUCGCUGCUUCAAGACUCGGUCCCACCUGGUGGAACACAUGCACCUGCAUUUUCCAGACCCGAGUUUGCAGUGCCCCACCUGCAAGCACCACUUCACCAGCAAGAGCAAGCUGCGCAUCCACAUGCUCCGGGAGGCCGGCCAGAAGCUGCACCACUGCCACCUGUGUGAGUAUGGAGCAGUGGAGCGCAACUCCCUCCGCCGGCACCUCGCCAGCGUACAUGGGGACCAGGCAGGGGGUCAGCUCUACUCGGACGAGUACCCCUGCCCAACCUGCGGAGACACCUUCCGGCAGAGCCAGCUGCUCAAGGCCCACAUGAAGUCCCACCACACUGCCAGGGAGGGUCAGCCUCUGACCUGCCUGGACGAGGACUGCACCUUUCAGACCACCGAGAAAAAAGAGCUCCAGAGACACGUGGAGGACGCUCACGGCAUUAAAGCCAUCGAGUGUCGCCAUCACGCAUGUAGUACCCUCUUCCGAAGCGUCGAGGCCAUGGAGGGACACAUGCGCACACACCAGGCCUUCCACUGCUCGCAGUGCGACUUCUCCUGCUCCAACAAGAGCCGCUUCCAGCAGCACAAAAGACAGGGGCACCCGGGCAAGGAGGAGCUGCACUGUGACUUCUGCACCUUUACCACCUUCAACCCAGUGGAGUUUGAGCAGCAUGUCGGCCAUUUCCAUGCAAAUGAAAAGAUCCACCAUUGUCAACAGUGUGAUUUUGUCACAGCCCAUAAACGUGUUUUAAGCCGGCACAUGCUGAUGCAUACUGGUGAAAAGCCCCACAAAUGCAAGCUUUGUGACUUCAGAUGUCGUGAUGAGACCUACCUCUCCAAACAUAUGCUGACACAUUCUGAUGAUAAGCAUCAUAUGUGCUCAGAAUGUGGCUAUGUCACCAAGUGGAAGCAUUAUUUGAGUGUGCACAUGCGAAAACAUGCAGGAGACCUAAGGUAUAAGUGUAACCAGUGUUCAUACCGCUGUCAUCGCACUGAUCAGCUAAACAGCCACAAGCUCCGUCACCAGGCCAAGUCACUGAUUUGUGAGGUCUGUGCGUACUCCUGCAAGCGCAAGAGUGAGCUGCGCAAGCACAUGCAGCUGAAGCACUCUACGGGAGAACAGUUCCAGCCUCCUGUCUUUCAGUGCAAAUACUGUCCUUACCAGACACGCUACCGCCAAGCUCUGCAGAAUCACGAGAACAGCAAACACACCAGGAACAGAGAGUUCCGCUGUGCCCUGUGUCCUUACACCACCUUCAGCAACACUGGACUCUUCCUGCACAAAAAGAAGACCCAUGGGUAUGUGCCCGGGGACGUUGAGUGGCUUGAAAACUAUGCAGAGAAAGAGAGGGAGAGCAAUGCCCUAGAUCCACUUCAGAGCUUGUUUUCAAAGACUGCGGCAGCCCCUUCAGGGAAAAAUGGAAGCUGUACAGGAAAUAAAGCUAGUAGCCAAGUUGAUCCUAAUCCUUGUGUGAGCGGAUCAAGGCAAGUGCUCUCAGACCAUCAGAAUAUGGUAUCUGCUGACACUGUUAUCACUGUUUGUGAAAGCCAGGAACAGCCAUCAGUUGAAUCAGGAGCUUUGGAAACUGUGGUAGAUAACCAAACUGUUCCAGAGGCAGAAAAUAUAGACGGGCAACCGUCUGAUGAUAACCAAGAAUCCUGCUGUACCUUAGUCUUAACACCUGUAAGUGAUGCUGAAUGCUCACCGUCUGGGCCUGAUAACGCUGAACGUUUAGCUACUGUCUCAGCGGAGCCACAGACUGAGGGAGCAAAACUGCAAAUCCUCACAGAGUCAGUAGAUGAUCAGAAUGAUGUAGCUCUUGAGGAAUGUGAGGAGCAGAGCGAUAGUGAGGAGCCAACAACAGAGCCUCCCUCCUCCUCCCUGCCUCUCGUCGCCCUCUCUCCUCCUCCUGAACCCUCCCCCACUGGAACCUCCGAGGCUGCCCUGAGAGCCAUGAAGAAGCAGGACAAGGAGCAGGCCGAGGCCCUGGUGCUGGAGGGCCGGGUCCAGAUGCUGGUGGUCCAGACGCGGACGGACGUGUUCCGGUGCGAGCACUGCUCCUACGUGACGCGCAAGCAGACGUCCCUCCGCCAGCACUGCCGCUCCGCCUGCGGAAAGGCCCGGAAGGCAGCGGAGCUCUGCUGCUCGGACUGCGGCGCCAAGUUCAAACAGUCCCGGGGCCUGAACACCCACCGCCUCAAGAAGUGCCCUGUGCUGGUGAAGAAGGGCAGGAAGUUUCCCCAGGUGCGGGAAGAAGCACAACCCUCCGACCAAACAAAUGUAAUAAAUGCUACGAGUGACGAGGGCUCCGCAAUUAAUAACGUGACUAAUUAUCCGGAUGCGGAUGGAAGCUCUGUAUCUGAUACGAAUAUAGCGAGCAGCAGUGUAACAUCUAACAUUGGAACUAUCGCUCCAAAAAACAAGCAGAGAGGCCAAGCAGACUUGAGCUCAGGAGCUGAUGGUCGGGGUUAUGCUGAGUCAGACGGAAAGUUUGCUUGCAAGAUCUGUUCUUUUUCCUCCUCUAGGAUUGCGACCAUAGAGCGCCACUGUACCUCUUGCCUCACCUCUAAAGGCCAUGCAAGCCCAAGCAAAGAUGGCCUGGACUCAGAGAGAGACGUCAGUGACUCUGACGCUGAGGAGGGGAGUGAAGGUGGAGACGUCGGUAUCAGUAAUCCAGAGGGUCUGAAGAAAGGGAAAAGCCAUGGACAUCUGUCCUGCUCCAGUUGUUCCUUCACGUGCCACCAGCAAAGAGCAUUAGCGAGCCACAGAAAGAGGGGCUGCCUGAAGCCCAACGAAAUCCAGUGCCAGUUUUGCUCGUUUGUGGCUAAAUCGCAGAAAGCGCUCGCCCAACAUGUACUCGUCCACAGGAAGGAGAAGGCCCAGGCUCCGGCCGCUAAAGGCAGGAAGCCCCGUCUGCAGUGCAAGUCCUGUCCCUUCAGCUGUAAGCAGGAGCGCUGCAUGGCGCAGCACGUGGCCCUGAAGCACGAGGGCGCCCGGCCGUACCGCUGCCGCUUCUGUGCCUUCAGCACCACGCGCCGGUACCGCCUCGACGCCCACGAGUCGCUGCACACGGGCCUGGGUCGGCACGCCUGCGACCUCUGCAGCCAGACGUUCGGCACCACGUCCAAGCUGCGGCUGCACCGGCAGCGCGUGCACGACAGGCAGGCCACGCACUUCUGCCCGCUCUGCGACUACAGCGGCUACAGCCUGAACGACCUCAGCCGGCACACCCUCAGCUGCCACACGGGGGAGCUGUGCCACGCGUGCGGCCAGUGCGAGGCGCGCUUCAGCUCCGAGACGGCGCUGAAGCAGCAUCAGAACCGGCGGCACCAGAGCCGGCAGACGCACGCCUGCGCGCAGUGCGACUUCACCUGCCCGAGCAGAGGCGCUCUCAAAGAGCACCUGCAGCAGGAGCACCCGCAGCUGCGCUGCGCCACCUGCCAGGUGAGCUUCGAGACGCCGAAGAGCCUCGAGGAGCACCGCAAGACCCACCUCACCCAGCGGUGCCCGGAGUGCCCCUUCGCCACCCGCAAGAGGCAGCUCCUGGCGCAGCACCUGCUGGAGGAGCACGAGGGCGGCGCGGCGGAGGACAAGUCGCUGAAGUGCGAGGUGUGCGGCUUCGCCUGCCGCCACCAUCUGGUGUUCGAGCAGCACAUCCGCUCUCACGGCGGCACGCGGCUCUACAAGUGCACCGACUGCCAGUACUCCACGCGCAACAGGCAGAAGAUCACGUGGCACAUCCGCAUCCACACCGGGGAGAAGCCCUACCACUGUGAGCAGUGCUCCUACUCCUGCGCUGAGCCCUCCAGGCUGAAGUAUCAUAUGAGGAUCCACCAGGAGGAGCGGAAAUACCUUUGUCCAGAGUGUGGCUACAAAUGCAAGUGGGUGAGCCAGCUGAAGUACCACAUGACAAAGCACACAGGAGCCAAGCCAUAUGCAUGUGAGGAGUGCGAGUACCGCACCAAUCGGCCCGAUGCCUUGCACGUACACCGGGAGACCCGGCAUCGCGACGUGCGCUCCUUCGUCUGCGAGAAGUGCGGCAAGGCCUUCAAGACGCGCUUCCUGCUCAAGACCCACCAGAAGAAGCACAGCGAGGAGCGGCCGUUUGUGUGCAAGCUGUGCUCCAAGGCCUUCCGCUGGGCCGCCGGCCUGAAGAACCACUACCUGACCCACACCAACCAGCAGCCCUACCACUGCCUCCACUGCAGCUACCGGGCCAAGCAGAAGUUCCAGGUGGUGAAGCACCUGCAGCGGCACCACCCGGACCAGCCCGUGGGGGAGGGCGUGGGCCGAGACCCGGGCGCUCGCCUCCUGACGCUUCAAGAGGCCCGGCUCACGGUGCCAGCAGAGCCGCAAGACAAUGCUGACCAGGAGGAGGCCCGGCAGGCGCACCAAGAUUCUUCUAGCACUCGAGAGGAAAAUUAGGGCUGACGACCAGCCAGGCUUAUUCCUGUGUGUUCGUAAUAUUGUACUGUAGUCUCUUUAAGCAGGAAUUCAUGGCAUAGAUUGAUUUGUUUUCACAAGGACAGAGAUCUGUUGCACAUGUGCCCCUGUAUGCAGGAAAAUAGCUUCACUGUUCUGCUGUUUUUAUUAUUAUUAUUAUUUUAUUAUGUACAAAUCUGAACUGUAAUAUGUAAUCUCUGAAAAGCAAUGGCAGAAUGCUGCUUGGAAGUAUUAUUUGAGAAAAAAUUCACUCAAGAAAUCUUGAAUCGUUCCCAAAAUAGUGGAAGCUGUUACAGCUACCAAGGCGGGACCAACUGGAUGUCAUUGAAAUUCCUGUGGGUGUAAUGGCAGGCAUCCCAAUACUUUGGUCUACAUAGUGUAAAUUCCAAUCUAUCCUUAAAUUGACAUAGCAACAAUGAGGGAUCUUGUUUACAAAAGAUAUUUCACUUUACUUGGUCUUGCUUGAAUUUAUUUAUUAU